AGCUGGGUGGCAGGAAUCUCUCUGGUUCUGCGAUCUAUUGGAGUGGCUGCCGAGCGCUGGGUUGCGGUUGGGGCGGGCGGGAAGAUGGCGGCGGUAGCGGCUGGCGGCCCUGUAGGGAAGGGGCGCGAUAUCAGCCUGGCGGCCCUACAGCGCCACGACCCUUAUAUCAACCGCAUCGUAGACGUGGCCAGCCAGGUGGCUCUGUACACUUUCGGCCAUCGGGCCAACGAGUGGGAGAAGACUGAUGUGGAAGGAACCUUAUUUGUUUACACAAGGUCUGCUUCUCCAAAGCAUGGUUUCACCAUUAUGAAUAGGCUGAGCAUGGAAAACAGGACAGAACCCAUUACUAAAGACCUGGAUUUCCAGCUUCAGGACCCUUUCCUUCUCUACAGAAAUGCCAGAUUGUCCAUUUAUGGAAUUUGGUUUUAUGAUAAGGAAGAAUGCCAAAGAAUUGCAGAGCUUAUGAAGAACCUAACUCAGUAUGAACAGUUGAGAGCCCAUCAAGGAGCUGGAGCAGGAAUCUCCCCAAUGAUCCUCAGUUCAGGAGAGGGGAAGGAAGUAGAUAUCUUACGAAUGCUCACCAAGGCCAAAGAUGAAUAUACAAAGUGUAAAACCUGUUCUGAACCAAAACAGAUAACCAGUUCAUCCGCCAUUUACAACAACCCCAAUCUCAUCAAACCAAUUCCAGUGAAGCCUGGUGAGAACCAGCAGCAGCACAUAGCUCGACCUGGCCAGGUAUGCGGUUCCCUGCUGUUCGUGCACGGUGUAGGUGUGGGGCUCCAACAGACUUGCGCCCCGAGUCCACUGAAGGCAGGGCCUGGUGCUGUGCCAGAAUGCUUUAAGACCUUAGACCCUGAACCCCAACACUUGUCCUUGACAGCGCUCUUUGGGAAGCAGGACAGAGCUAUGGGUCAGGAAACUGUGGAAUCUCCACAGACCCUCCAGCAGCAGCAGCAGCAGCAGCAAGAGAAGCUCCUGAUUGGGCAGGGGGUUGUACGUUCCCUGUCCUAUGAGGAACCCAAAAGACACUCACCCCCUAUCGAGAAACAGCUAUGUCCAGCCAUUCAGAAACUCCUGGUCAGGAGUGCAGAUCUCCACCCAUUGUCAGAGCUGCCUGAAAAUCAGCCCUGCAAAAAUGGCAGUACCCAUUCUGCUGGGGAAGAUGUCGUUGGACCUGUCCACCCAGGCUCUCCCCGGAGGACUGGGACUUCUCAUCGUGUGCACAGUGCUUCCAGAACUCAGAACCUGUUAGAGAAGCUGCAGAGUGCCCCAGGGGUGGUGAACAAGUAUGACCCCAGUACACCAGCACUUGCCAGCUCAGCUGCCCCAAGCUUCAGCAUAGCCCUCACUGCUGCCACCCCUGCUGCUCCAGUCAAGGGGGUGGCUCAACAACCACUGUUAUAUUUCAAUGGCUCCCUUCCACCUCAGGCACUAGGACUUCAGGCUCAUGAAAAAGAACAGUCCACACUCCCAAGACAAAUGCUCCCUUUCUCUGGCAAUCAGGCCAGUGGUUCUGGAGUGAUCUCCCCUCAAGAGUUACUGCAGAGGCUGCAGUCUGUGCAGCAGGAGCAGCAGCUGCAUGCAUCCAACCGACCAGCCUUGGCAGCUAAGUUUCCUGUGCUAACCCAGAGCUCGAGAACCGGGAAGCCCUUGGACUCCUGGAUUGACAGGACAUCCAGCGCAGACAAGCAGCCUCCUCUUUUCCAGGUCAUCCCACCUCAGCACAUCCCUGCUACAGCUGCUCCUUCUCUGCUCAUGUCCCCCAUGGUGUUCGCACAACCCACCUGCAGCCCACCAAAGGAGAGGGGCAGUGGGCUCUUGCCCCUUGGAAGCCAGGAACCAGCUGCUGCCUCUACCAGCCUCCUCCUGCCUCUGCAGAGCCGGGAGCCCUCCGUACUCAGCAGCAGCCCACUUACCAAGCUGCAACUUCAGGAAGCCCUGCUGUUCCUCAUUCAGAAUGACGACAACUUCUUAAAUAUAAUCUACGAAGCGUAUCUCUCCAACAUGACACAAGCAGCCAUGAAAAAGACUAUGUGAAAGCAAAACACUUUAGAACUGAUUUUCAAGGUCCUCCAACUCAAGGUUCUUUCCUGUUAAGUGUUGUUACCCUAAAUGUUUCUGCCUUUUUAAAAACAGUGUGUGUGAUAUGAAGUAAAUGUUUCAGACAUUUUUUUGUCAGGCUCUUU